AUAUGCUCAUGCUGUCUAGCUUUCCAAAGAAACAAGGUGUGUUUUGUACGCGCUAGAGGAGAAAUACGGACAUUAUUCACUGAAUAUUGGCAGGCUAUUGCAGUAUUGCUUUUGGAAACAUCAAGCGACAGGAGUGAGGUUAAUUUAAAGACGUAAAAAAAAAGGAGAAAAAAACGCCACCAUGGGCUGCGCUGGAUUCACCUGCUCAAAGAAUUCCCUCUGCGCUCUCAACAUCCUCUAUGUUAUGGUGAGCUUGCUGAUGAUUGGAAUCGCAGCCUGGGGAAAGUGGUUCGGCCUGGUGUCUAGCUUUCAGGUGGUGGGGGGCGUCAUCGCUGUCGGGGUCUUCUUGUUCGUUGUUGCCCUGGCCGGCCUGUUUGGAGCCAUGAAGCAUCAUCAAGUCCUGCUCUUCUUCUACAUGAUUAUCCUGUUCAUGGUGUUCGUGGUGCAGUUUUCUGUGUCCUGCGCUUGUCUGGCCAUCAACAAAGACCAACAGGAGCACCUACUUGAGGUGGGCUGGAACAACACUGUAAGCACUCAGGCUGAUGUGGAGAAGACACUGAACUGCUGCGGCUUUCAUGAAGUCGACCGCAACGCCACCUGUCCUGCUGCCUGUUUCCCUCAGAAUACUUGCACCCCGUGCGCUGAUAAGAUCCAAGAACACGCAGGAGAGGUGCUGCAGUUCGUUGGUGGAAUUGGCCUUUUCUUCAGCUUCACUGAGAUCCUCGGGGUGUGGCUCACGUAUAGGUACAGGAAUCAGAAGGACCCGAGGGCCAAUCCCAGUGCCUUCCUGUAGCUCCCAUCACAGGCUAUGGUUGUCAUGGUGACCCACCGCUGCAUUCACCUGCACUUCUCUGAAUCCCUGAACUUGUUUUUUUUUUAAAGUUUUGUUUGGAUGUAUAUAGACAAGUGUGUGUGUGUGUGUGUGUGUGUGUGUCUGUGUGUGUGUGUGUGUGUGUGUGUGUCUGUGUGUGUCUGUUUGUGUUUGUGUCUGAGUGUGUGUGUCUGUCAUGUAGGUAUGAAGUGAAAAAAAAGUGUUUUCUAACUGCUUUGUGCACUGGAUUUGCAAGAGUGCAGUGUGUGUUUGAGUGAAAUAGUUAUGUACAUUAUGAUUGUGUUGAUCCACUGAAAGGGCGUUCCUCUUUGAAAACUCCUGUGUAAAGUUUGGCAUGUGCCACUAACUCCUUGCUACUCUCUAAUGGCCUAGAUAAGACAUGGGCUAACGGGGUUGAAGUAUGAUGGCCUGACUGAUAAUGUGAGCUUUAAUGGUUUGGGGUUGAAAACUUGCUGCUGUACCACUGAAAAUAACUUCAGUCAUGAAGAUCUUCGUAUCACUUGUGCAUGUGGGACUGAAUGGAAAUGACUAGAAUAUUUAUAUUUAUAUCUCCUGGGGGAAAAAAAUGCAAUCAUUGUGUUUUUAUAGCUGCCGUCGCAGCUCUCAAAAAAACUAUGUCAAAGAAAUGCACUGGUAUUUCCCAACCAAGAUUGCCGUCAAAGUCCACACAAUAAAAAUCAUCGGCAGCAUUCUCUAAUGCUGUUAUUAUAUCCUUGCUCUGGAAACAUGCAGUGUGGUGUGUGUAAUGGGCCAGCAAUGAGGAAAAGACUACUGGAGUAGAGUGAGAGGGGAAAUCGGGAGUCGAGAGUAAAAGCUCCUCCUCGCAUUUAAAUCAGAUUACGGGAGUCUUGAGAGGGCAGCUGUGGAGCAGGUACUAAUUUCAUUGCAAGGCGGGGGCUGGCCAGGUGUGUGGCACUGAGCUGUGUUCUCAAGCAUGUCUGGUUUUUAUCCCUAGAACGUCAGACCCACACUACAAAGGGCACGUAUGUGUUAUCUUGCCACUAAAUCAGAAUAGCUCUACCUGGUACAUUGUGUCGUUUGGCUUGUGUGGUUUUGUUCUGUCUUUCUUUUUUUUUUGCAGUAUAUAAAUGUGAGGAACAAUCAUGGUAAUAGCUAGAAAUGCUGUCCUCUUGAUUGUAUGUGUGUGUGUGUGUGUGUGUGUGUGUGUGUGUGUGUGUGUGUGUGUGUGUGUGUGUGUGUGUGUGUGUGUGUGUGUGUGUGUGUGUGUGUGUGUGUGUGUGGAUUUGGCCUCUUGCAUGAUGUUUGGUUUGAAUUAUGUGCCCAUGUAUGAAGGUUCUGUGAACUGCACACCAAAGUGUUGGGAAAUGAUGCAAAAAUAAACCUGAAAUAACCCCCCACCA